AUGGCUCUUUCCCAGAGACAAUGCCGGGAAGCCAAGCGCAAAGGCGACCCUAGACAGAUCCAGAAAUCAGCGAGUCAGAUGACUCAGAAGGAGAAAGGAGGCUUCGAUGAGGUCAAGAACAUUCACACGAAGAAACCCAGGCUUGAUCCCGGUGGCUUCUCCGGCAUCGAUCCUGCAGAGGGACUUCGUGUUUCCAGCCUCCAAAGAAGUCCUGAGUCCCUCGCGACCGAUCCAAGGCGAAGAGGGUCUUCCCAGAAACAGCCGCUGUUUAUUUCCUCCGCUCCAAAAGCCACGUGGGAGUUCCAGCACCCUCCGGCUCUAAAGCGCAGAGAAACCCGAAGUCCCUCGCUUUUUAACUGA